GGCAAGCCAGGCUAACUAACCUACCCAGACCCGACCUGGACUACAUACAUGGCAUUUCAUCAAACUGCGAGCUCACAUGCAGCCUCACUCCACUCAUCCACCCAAUCCACCACCACAUUCAACCUCGAGGACCUGGGCCACGUCUUGAUGGGUUCCCGGUGCAGACUGCCGCGAGAACAAGCUCAAACUCUCUCGCCUUGCCCCGGCCUUUGAGGCCAUCCCUCCUCAACCCAGCAACGGCGCAACCAUCCCUUUGAAACCCGUCAAAAAUAAUGCGCCGCCGCUAUCCUGGCCAAUAUCAGCAUCGCACCGUACCGCACCGCAUUGCAUCGCGACACUGUCGACAGCUACUUGCGCAGAGAAACAACUGACCACGCCCCGGCCCUUGUCCUACUCACUCCCACUCACGCGUACCCCUCGCAAACUUGAAUGGAAUCACACUGACUGGCUCUCUUCUCGCCUGUCCACGCGACCACCUCUUGCAUCUCUGGCUGGACAGCUGGGAGGCUUCUUGGGACUUCCCCCUUUCACUUCGUAGAGUAGAGGCGCUUUGAGGCCCGCCGACUUUUGUCUGCCUUCCCUUUGACGCACACAUCUCAGAAGAGAAGCAGGCCAUCGUUGCCUCCCCCAGCUGCAGCUGCCCAUCAUGGCCGCCGACACUGUGCAGUCCGUGGGCGAGCAGCUCAAGCAAUUGAAUGACGCCCGCAAGGCCAUACUCGUCGACCCGACCUACUACAAGUCGAUCAUGAACGGCAUCCUGCCACUUGCCGCCCCAAACUCCACGCUCGAGCUGCGCCGCUGGGCUGUUGACUUCAUCGCCGAGGCAUUCGCGACUCCGACCCUCCCUAAUAAGGACAAGGAGGUCAUGAGCUUCCAGGUAUUGCCGGUGCUGAGGAGUCUUCUGGAAAGCCCCAAGGAGGAUACAUACGUGCUCAGGAGCGUCAUUGCUGCCUCGGCCAGCAUCUUCCCACAUGUCUUGAGAUGGAUAAUACACAACCCAUACGAGCGAUCCCCGUGGGACGAUAUGAUCUCGAUCAAGCAGAGAAUACUACGGAUCUGGGACGACGCCGCCUCGUCCGUCAAGCUGAGCUGCAUCAAAUUCGCACAGCGUGUAGUGCUCGCUCAGACGACAGCGACCAGCAUGGAAAAGCGCUUGAAUGGCCUUGAGAUCUCCUUGGGGAUGAUCCCGCCUGGCCACGCAUUUCUCGACCCCAGACAGCUCGAGGCAGAGGCGACAGGUCUCCUUGACAGGAUGCUGAACGUUCUUCAGGACAACAGCAGUGAUGCACUGAUAGUAGAUGGCACGCUGAACUGUCUGCCUAUCCUUGUUCGCACGCGGCCGUCCACUUCCAAUCGUAUUCUCAAUGCUGUCAUGAGCUUUAACCCGCUCAAACUGGCCAACUCACCACUGACCCCAAAGACCCGAGUGCUGGCCAAGUCAAUGGAGAAGACGACGCGCAUGCUGCUGAUCCACCUCUUGAAGCGGGAUCCACACGGCCCGAAUGCUCCUCGAAUACAGCAACAUGUCGAGAGGCUUAUGCGCUCUCGAGCAGAGAUCAUUGACGACAACGGACGGAAACGAGCUCUCGCUGAACAGCAAGCCGCAUAUGCAGGUGGCGAUGCGAAGCGGCAAAAGAUUGCCCCUCAACAUGUGGUCCCGCAGGUCAACCCGAAUGCCCCCGGGCCAAAUAGUCUUGCAGCCAUCUACACUCUCACAGACAACGUGGGCCUACAAGGCUUCGAUGCCACACACGUACCAGCGCACAUGACGAACAGAGUCGUUGUAUCAACCCUCGCCAGGGUUGAUCUUCAAGCCCUUCAAGGGGCUAUCCAAGCUGUGCGUGCUCGUCUGGCAAUCAAGGAAGCUGCUCGCCAGCCCGCCCUUAACCCAGAGACGGCGCCACUUGAUGUAGAAGAGGAUGAUGAUGACUACGAGCCUGAUUUCACCAUGGCAGAAGACGAGGAGCAGAUCAAGAACAAGCUCGACGGCAAGCCCCGCGAGGAAGAGCAACCCCAGAUCGAUGCUGCGUCUUUGACAUUAGGUACCUACAAGCUACCAGCGCCGCCACCGCUCAACCCCGGCAGCGCAUCAGCAGCUGGUCAGAUGGUCGUAGCGCGCGUCUUUGACGCACUACGGGUCCUGGAGGAGCCUGCCACAAGGAAGAUACGCGGAGGUAUAAACCGGCUGGCCGCGAGCUCGUACGACAAGGAGUCGAUAUUGACGUUCAUUACGCGACUGGGAACGCGUGCCAUGGCUGGCAUAGAGGAUGUCGAGGUCAAGGACGAGAACAGCUCCGCCCUUGUUGGCCCGUCACAACCGAGCAGCGACGUGAUUCGCGAGCGCCUUUACUCAUAUGUCCUGGAGGACUUCCGCCGGCGCAUCGACAUUGGCGUCUCGUGGCUGAACGAGGAGUGGUACUGCGACCGCAUACAGAAGAAGCAGAAUAGCGACGCACCCAUGCAUUACCCCAAGUGGGCCGCGAGACUGGUCGGAGGCUUCUUUCCCUACCUGAACCCGCAGGAUAAGGUGCUCACACGUUUCCUCGGCGAGAUGCCGGAGCUCAAUCCCGCCAUCCUCGGCAAGGUAAAGACCCUCUGCGGUGACCCGUCCAUGGUGGAGCUUGCUCUCAAAAGUCUUGUCUACCUGGUAAUGAUGAAGCCGCCGGUGAGGGACCUGGCCUUGGACACUGUCCAGGACAUCUGGGUCGAGUACGAGGAUGCCAGGCCGAUGGCAGCCAAAUACCUCUCAAAAUGGCGUCCUGGCUUCGUCGAGUCUCGGAGUGCCGGUGGCGGCGGUGACGACGCGCCAUACGUGCCCUCAGUAACCGCUUGAGCAUCGCUGGCGAAUUCAUGUUCAGGAGCUCGUUACCGAGCACUGUUAUUAGAGACAAGGAUUACAGGAACAUCCCCAGGCCGGAACUACGGUAGCAUUAGCACGGAGUAUUGCAGGGAGGGAAAAAUUCAGUACCAUUGAGCAAGGACGUGUGUCCGGAUGGCACCGCUGUCUCUUUUGUGUCCUAAACGGCAUAUGACAUGUGGGAAGGGUUGAGAGCCGGCACAAUCUUAGGAUCAAGCGCUACACCGUCUGUCUGUCUUGUCGCAUUGGAGCGGGAUACAGGGUGGAUGGCAGAGGACUAUAUGACAUGGUUCAGAAUAAGCGUAGUUGACUGCUCUUCCGUCCUGAUGAUUAGGCGGAGGGCCACAAGUCAUGAUCUUCCAAAGUAGUGGCGGGCACUGCCAUCUGUACAGAUUAUACCCCUGUCUUCAAC